AUGGUUAUAGAUCAACAAAAAAAAAAAGAGAAUUUAAAGUUAGCUUUUAUUAGUCAGCAUGAUUUCAAUGCUGCUUGCCUUCCCGCUACCUCCCCUCAUUAUCUCGAUAUGUCCAACAAUGUACAGAUCGUGAAGUGCGCAAUGCAAAAAAAAACACCACACAUAUAUUUCUUUCCUAUAUAUGCUGAACUUUACAACGACUUCAUUAAUAAUGAUAAUUACACAUUGGUGAAAAGAAAGGCGCAUAGAGUACAUACGAGAAAGGAAUCUGGAGUUUCUCGCUAA